GAUUCAUUAAUUAAAAUGGCGUCGUUGUCAAGCCUAUUACCUGCUCCUAUACAGCAAGUAUGGGAUCGAGAUGACGAACGAAAAGGGCAGCGCGUUGGUAGUGCCCUUGUUGUAUCUCAGACCAGCGUGCCUCCGUAUGGUCAAAGAAAAGGAUGGGUGCCGCGAGCAGAAGAAGAUUUUGCAGAUGGAGGUGCAUUCCCAGAAAUCCAUGUGGCACAAUACCCUCUGGGUAUGGGUGCGCGUGGAAAAGAAAGUACUUCCAAUGCAUUAGCAGUACAGUUGGAUGAGUCUGGACGUGUCAAAUACUCUGCUAUAGCUCGACAAGGUCAUAGUGCUGAUAAGAUAAUCUAUUCAAAACUGACAGACUUACUGCCAUCAGAGGUUUUGGCAGAAGAUGACCCUAAUCUCCAGAAGCCAAAUGAAGACGAUAUACAGGAUAUAACGGAAAAAACGAAGCAAGCAUUAGAGAAAUUGACAAAUGCCAAAAUAUCUGCUGCCCUGCCAGUGAAAGCUGCUCCAAAGGCAGUAAGUUGAUUAUUAUCACUAAUGUCGCUUUCAUUGAAGAUAAUUAAGAAUAAGGUGAACAAUCACAAACAGAUGUGAUUCUACUAGAUGUUAGGUGGUAGGAAUUUUUUUCUGUCUAGUAGGCCAUCCGGGUAAGGACCACCCUCUCACCAAGCAGCAAUACAUGCAUGGUUGUGUUCCAUCUUAAUCUUCAGUGAUGCGAACCCAUAUGCAGCCUUCUACAUUGUUUGAAGUUGCUUGCAAGUUGCUUGUAUCCAUGGGCUUUAGUAGCUACAUAUCAUCCCAUGGACUUAUAAAACAAGAUGAUAAUGUAAUAUGUGUAUUUUUACUAUGGGAUAGGACUCCCUUUUCUUCUGGGAGUUUGUCUGGGUAAAUGCCACCCUUUUACCUACUCGUGGCGGCAAAUAGCGGUGUAUGCACCGCUGUGAAUGGGUCUGGACAUUGAGUAUAAUUAUACUGUAAAGCCUGUCAUCAUAGUCCUCAAAGGUGAUAACUCAUCUGUAGCCCUCUUUGUUUUAAGUUGGACACCUCCAUGGACCGCAUCAGUAGUUGACUGUAAGUUUGUUUAUAACUUUAAAAAAUGUAGAAUAGAAUAGAAGUAAUUCUUAUUGAAAGUAAUUUUUUACUUUAGCACUGGUUCGAAAAAAAACCUUACGUCCUGGAAAGAACCAGCAAGAAACCCAGUGGUUCUUUUUAAAAAAAGUAAACUUUAUAAGAAUAGUUGGACAAACUAUUUACAAAACUUAUUUUAGAAAUAGCUUGGAAGCGACCACCUCAUUCCCAGGGGUUAUUAUCAACCAUGUAUUCAUUUAUAUUAUAAUAACCCUUUUUAUGACGCUAUUCCGAAGAUAUCCCGGACGUCAGUCUGAGCGAGAUUAGAAUGGCUCUCCAGCACCUUAAAAACGGUAAGGUCCCAAGCGAGGAUGAAAUUACAGCGGAGCUUCUGAAAGCGGGUGGAAAACCGGUACUUGAAGUCCUUCAGAAGCUCUUUAAUUCCAUCCUCCAUGGACAUGGCAUUACACCGGAGGCGUGGAGCAGAAGUGCGGUGGUCUUGUUCUUCAAGAAUGGUGACAACGCUCUCUUGAAGAACUACAGACCGAUUUCCCUUCUGAGCCGCGUCUACGUGCUGUUUUCGAGAGUCAUUACGAAUCGUCUCGCGCGCAGACUUGACGACUUCCAGCCUCCCGAACAACCCGUUUUCCGUAAGGGCUUUAGCACCAUAGACCACAUACAUACCCUUCGGCAAAUUGUACAGAAGUCCGAAGAGUACAAUUUGCCACUAUGUCUGGCGUAUGUGGACUAUAAGAAAGCCUUUGAUUCCGUCGAAAUUUGGGCGGUGCUGCAGUCCCUUCAGCGGUGCCAAGUUGACUGUCGGUAUAUCGAAGUGUUGAAGUGCUUGUACAGUAGGGCUACGAUGGCUAUCCGAGUACAGAACCAGAGUACGAAACCUAUCCAAUUGCAGAGAGGUGUAAGACAGGGUGACGUCAUAUCCCCGUUUUCAAGCUUCUGGACUGGAAAGGAUACGGUAUCAACAUCAAUGGCGAGUACAUCACUCACCUUCGAUUUGCCGACGAUAUAGUCCUUAUGGCAGAAUCGCUGGAGGAUCUAAGCACUAUGCUCAAUGACCUCAAUAGUGUUUCCCAACGGAUAGGUCUUAAGAUGAACAUGGACAAAACAAAGAUUAUGUUUAAUGUCCAUGUCACACCUAUGCCGGUAGUUGUUGGGAACACUAAACUCGAAGUUGUUGACGAGUAUGUUUACCUGGGACAAAUAGUCCGACUAGGUAAGUCCAACUUCGACCGAGAGGUCAAUCGACGGAUUCAACUCGGCUGGGCAGCGUUCGGGAAGCUACGACACAUCUCGUCAGACAUACCUCAAAACCUUAAAACGAAAUUGUACAACCAGUGCGUGUUGCCAGUGAUGACUUACUGAACUGAGACGUGGUCCUUCACUGCUGGCCGUAUGAGAAAGCUCAAGGUCGCUCAGCGAGUUAUGGAGAGGGCUAUGCUCGGAGUUUCUCUGCGUGAUAAACUUAGGAAUGAGGAUAUCCGCAGUAGAACCAGAGUAACCGACAUAGCCCAACGGAUUAGUAAGCUGAAGUGGCAGUGGGCCGGCCAUAUAGCUCGAAGAACCGACAACCAAUGGGGAAGAAAGGUUCUCGAGUGGCGGCCUCGUACCGGUAGGCGAAGUGUAGGGCGUCCCCCCACGAGAUGGAGUGACGACCUGGUAAGACAUGCAGGAAGUCGAUGGAUGCAGGUGGCUCAAGACCGUGCUUUGUGGCAUUCUUUGGGGGAGGCCUAUGUUCAGCAGUGGACUUGUGAAGGGCUGUAAUGAUGAUGAUGAUGAUGAACACUUUUUAUACAGUUUUUGUUUAAUAUAAUAUUUAAACUUAGUAAUAGAGAGACCUUGUAUAUUUUCUGGGACUUUGUUGUAAUAGUGUAUACAUUGCCCCAAGAAUGAAUUACUGACUCUGUGGAGUCGAGAAACCGGUAUCUCUAGCUUGUGUUUGUUCCUAGUAUUUCACUCUAUAAACUCUUUCUAUAUCACUUUUUUUACUAAAACUGCCUUUGUUUUUGUGAACAUACAUUAAAUAGAUAUAUAAUUGAAAUAUAGAGAUAGAUAGAUAAUUGAAAUAUACUUUUAAAAUCCUCUAAAACCUCUAGAAAUAAUGAUUGUAAAAUUCAAUAUUAAAAAUUUUGUACAACCGACCUCAAUAUAAAUUAUUCAGAAUAACUCAAGAACUAUUGGUCAGACCUUAAUCAAAUUUAUGUGGGACCACAUGUAACACCAGCUUUCAACUAAAAAAGAACAUAAAAAAACAUAUACUCAAAUUGAGUAUCGUCUCCUUUUUGAAUUCGGUAGAAAAGAACCGGUGCCUUGUAAAACAAAGAGGAAAUUGAUGGUUGCCCAUGGCUCCACUGUGCUUAUUUGCCUUCUGUCAGCUGUAAAGUGAUUGUGAUGGACUUCAAUGACGAUGAUGUAUUUAGUGUUUGAAAUUAGAACACAUGAACAUUAUACGUGGUAGAGCCAUGCUGCAGCUAUAUUACUGGUAUAGUUGUAGCACGAAUGAGUCGGCACGACCGAGCAAGGACCACACUCUCACAGAAUACUAGCGUAAAAUAGCAGCUUAACACUGCUGUGUUUCGUAUGGUGAGUAUAGAUAACCAGAGACCAUUUUACUGAAAACGAGGCAUUUUAUCUUAGUCUUCAUAGGUGACAACGCAUCUGCAUUUUGAUACUAAAUCAAGGAUAGAUGUAGAUGUCUAUGGACCAUAGCAACCACUUACCGUCAGGUCCACCUGUGUGAAAAACACUAAUCCU